CCUGCAUCUCUCCUGCUCCUUCCAUGGAGGCUGUUCGUGGGAAUGGCUUCCCCCCCGCCAUGGCCGCCUCCAGCAGCGAGUCCGACCCGCUGCUCCUCCGCCGAAGGAGAUCCACGCAGGACAACCCCGAGUUCCCCAGAGAUCUGGAACACAAGUCUGAGCUUCACCGGAGGGGGUCUCUCUGCGACAGGCAUUGCGCAGCCGUAAACAACCCCCAUGGAGAGCUGGGGGACAUGCACUCCGGGUCCCAUCACUACGGCCAUGGCUUCGUUACGCCCAGGAUGCUUCCAGUGAUCCCGAGUCAGUCUUGUUGCCCUCUUCACUCCGAGGAAGUGCAGACGUGUGAUGCCUGUCUGAUGAAAACCACCAUCACAGCCGAGAACGAGGUGGAAGCUCACAAGCUCUCCAACAAUUACAAGUUUGGCUUUAAGAAAUGGAAGAGUCACGUCACGGAACGACCCUGGGAAGACCGCUCAGAAAUCGUGAAGGAGCUCUACUCAGACCUGAACAUCGUCAGAAGCCCUUCAGGCUCUAUGUUGACGUGUGGAAAUGUCUUCUACUUGCUGUUCUUUGGAUGGUGGCUAUCCUUGCUCUACAUCCUACUCUCUCUCGUGAUGUUCCUCACAGUGCUGGGUGCUCCCUAUGGGAAACUUUGUUGGAAACUUGCUGGGUACUUCCUUUGGCCUUUUGGGAAAGUGAUUCAAAAGAUGAAAACUUGCAAUCACAACUGCAACGUGAAGUUCAACAAAUACGACAUAAUUGCCGAAGGGAACGAGGGAAAGGAGGCUACUCCGCUUCUCACCCGGCCAGAAGAGUCGGCUAACCCUGACCCAGACACACAUUGGCACCGUCCCAGCACCUACGUCUGGCUCCUCACUGGAUAUCCUUUCCUCUCCCUCAUCCAUGCCCUGAUUUGUUUGGUCUCCUGGCUCCUGGUCUUCUACAUCCCCAUCGCCAAAAUGAACGUCCGUAUAAUCACCAAGGUCUUGCUCAUGCCUCCAGAGCAGGUCCAUAUACAGAGCCUCCGUAAGACAGCCGUGCUCCUGGAUGCUGAAGUUGUCCUUUGCUGCUACCGAGCUUGUAACGCUUACUAUUACAAAUACGCCGUGGAUGGGAUCAAUGUUUUUGCCGUCAAUCUGCUUCCUUUGGUUAUUGUGACGCUAGUUCUUGGAUAUGGAGAUAAGCAUAACUUUUAUACCAGCUCAGUAACCAAGUUUACAUUGGCUCUGCUCUCCAUAAUGCCCCUGUCCUACUACAUAGGAAUGGCAAUCGCCAGCAUUUCUGCCCAGAGCAACUUUGCGGUCGGAGCGGUGGUCAAUGCCACCUUUGGCUCCAUCACGGAGCUGACCUUCUACAUCACGGCCCUCAUCAAAGGCGCCCGGGAGAAGAACAAGUGCUACGAGGAGAUUGUCAAGUCCGCUCUGACAGGGACCCUCUUGGGUUGCGUCCUUUUCAUCCCGGGGCUGUGCAUGGUGAUCGGGGGGAUCCGGCACCAAGAACAGAGAUUUAAUAGCCGAUCGGCUGGAGUAAGCUCUGCCCUUCUCUUCCUUUCUGUUGGAGGUGUGUUUGCUCCCACUCUCUUCUCCAAAGUCUACGGGAGGCUGGUCUGCGGGGAAUGUCAAAACAUCACCCAUGAACCACCUGGGCAUUACAUCUGCCAGAGCUGCCACUUCGACUUGAUGGAGAACAAUGGUACCUUGUAUUACAGCCAUGUUGAGCCUCUGGUGUAUACCGUGUGCCUGCUGCUUCCCGUAGCGUACAUCAUCGGUCUCUUCUUCGCCCUGAAGACUCAUUCCCACAUCUAUGACAUCCAUAUCAGCGACUGCCACCUGCCUGGCCACCAUCACAGUGCAGUGGUCCAUUGGUCCCGCUGGAGGGCCAUGCUCAUCCUCCUGGUGGCCACACUUUGCAUGUCCGCCUGUGCUGACCUGGCGACGGAGCACAUCAGCCCUAUCUUAAAUAAUUCCCCAGUGUCUCAGUAUUUCAUAGGUGUGACAGUGCUUGCGAUGGUUCCAGAGCUCCCUGAAAUAGUCAACGGGAUCCAGUUUGCUCUGCAGAACAAUCUCAGCUUGAGCAUCGAGAUUGGGAACAGCAUUGCUGUCCAGGUUUGCAUGCUACAGAUACCCAUCGUGGUGCUUUUCACCGUCUUCUAUCCGACGGAUUUCAUCCUGGUCUUCAGCGACCUCCAUGUCUAUGCCAGCAUCUUCAGCGUGGUCCUCAUGAAUUAUAUCUUCAUGGAUGGCAAGUGUGACUACUUCCAAGGUACCGUCCUGGUGAUGGUUUACUUCAUCCUCCUGGCCGUCUACUACUUCGCUCCCUCACCUGCUGGAUGCUGAAGUGUUCACUCUGCUGGACUCCAUUUAUCCUGCCUUUUUGGAAAGGCAGCUGCCUCCCAAGAAGCCAUCUGUUCCAAGGAACAUCUCUGUGAUUUGGCUGCAUAUGGCAUGUUUAAAAAUCUUGGGAACUACCAAUGCGUUCAGCAAAAGAGCCUCCCGUAAAGUCUUCCCCCAAACAUUGAACUGUUUUUAAUGAACUGUUGCGGGAGUCACAAAAGGGUGCGGUGUCCCUUGGAUUUCACCAAGAAGGUUCCAACAGGCCAGAGGACUUCAGAAAACGUCUGUUGGGAUCGUCUGUCACCUCCAUCCAUAAUGGCUACCUCAGGUCCUUUUGCUGCUGGUGGACAGGAGCAUCUCCAAGUUAAAGCUCUUGCACGGCUUUAGACGGAGCACAAUAAAAGAAGUGUAUUUUGAAUAUAUUCUCUGCAGUUCGUCAUUGGCUGGAAGCCUGUUGGUGUCUUCACUUGUGCAAGUUCACUUAGA